GACUCGCCGCUUGCCGACCUGCGGUGAUGAUACGUGUGAGUAUCUUCUCUCCAGUGGGAGAUUUCUUGGAGAAAAAGUAUGGCAGCCCCACAGCUGUAUGAUGCACAAGUAUAAAAAUAGUGAAGCAAAAAACUGUCUCAUAGACAAAUACAUUGCAUUUGUAGGAGAUUCCAGAAUUCGGCAGUUGUUUUAUUCUUUUGUAAAACUCAUAAAUCCUCAAGUCAAGGAAGAAGGAAAUAAGCAUGGAAACAUUCCUUUUGAAGACAAAUCUGCUUCAAUUAAAGUGGAUUUUCUAUGGUAUCCAGAAGUUAAUGGUUCCAUGAGGCAGUGCAUCAAAACUUGGACUGAGGGUUCUGCUGCAAAACCUCAUAUAAUUGUAGCAGGAGCAGCCACGUGGUCUAUCAAGAUACACAAUGGAAGCAAUGAAGCUCUUGCACAAUAUAAAGUCAAUAUCACUUCAAUUGCACCCCUUUUGGAAAAAUUAGCAAAGAGUAGUGAUGUUUACUGGGUCUUACAAGAUCCUGUCUAUGAAGAUCUGUUGAGUGAGAGUAGAAAAAUGAUCACUAACAAGAAAAUAGACGCUUUCAAUGAAGUGGCAGUCCGUAUUCUGAACAGCAGCUCCAGAAAUUCCAAAGCUAAAGUUAAAAUGUUCAGUGUAUCAAAACUGAUAGCACAAGAAACUAUCAUGAAGUCUUCAGAUGGCCUGCAUCUUCCCGAAUCAAGCAGAGAAAUGAACGCAAUGAUUCUUAUGAACGUCUGGUGUAACAAGAUUAUGAAGCCUAUUGAUGGUUCCUGCUGCCAGCCCCAGCCUCCCCUCACUCUGAUACAGAAGCUAGCAUUUUUCUUUUUUACUUUAUCAAUUAUUGGAUAUUUAAUUCUCAACUUAAUUCAUCGUAAUAAUCAUCGGAAGAACAAACCAUGCACCGAUUUGGAAAGUGGAGAGGAGAAAAAACCUGCUAUCAAUACACCCAUUUCUACUCUAGAGCUGCUUUUACAGUCCUUCUGCAAGUUAGGUCUAAUCAUGGCCUAUUUCUAUCUUUGUGACAGAGCAAAUCUAUUCAUGAAGGAAAACAAAUUUUAUACACACUCCUUUUUCUUCAUACCCAUCAUCUACAUCUUGGUUUUGGGGUUUUUUUAUACCGAAAAUACCAAAGAGACUAAGGUGUUAAAUAGAGAACAGACAGAUGAAUGGAAAGGCUGGAUGCAGCUUGUUAUUUUGAUUUAUCAUAUCUCUGGAGCAAGCACUUUUUUGCCUGUGUACAUGCACAUUCGAGUUCUGGUUGCUGCAUAUCUAUUCCAAACAGGUUAUGGGCAUUUCUCAUACUUUUGGAUAAAAGGAGACUUUGGAGUAUACAGAGUGUUUCAGGUUUUAUUUCGUCUCAAUUUCUUGGUUGUGGUGUUAUGCAUAGUGAUGGAUCGACCUUACCAGUUCUAUUACUUUGUUCCACUUGUCACUGUCUGGUUUAUGAUCAUCUAUGUUACAUUAGUAGUAUGGCCUCAGAUAGUCCAGAAGAAAGCAAAUGGCAACUGCUUCUGGCACUUCGGCUUACUGCUGAAACUAAUUUGCUUACUCAUGUGUAUAUAUUUUCUGUCAUAUUCUCAGGGUGCAUUUGAGAAGAUAUUUUCUCUGUGGCCAUUGUCCAAGUGUUUUGAGCUGAAUGGAAAUGUCUAUGAAUGGUGGUUUAGAUGGAAGUUAGACCGCUAUGUUGUCUUUCAUGGCAUGUUGUUUGCUUUUAUCUACCUGGCGUUACAGAAGCGACAGGUGCUUUCAGAGGGGAAAGGCGAGCCUCUCUUCUCCAACAGAGUUUCAAAUGUUUUAUUAUUUAUUUCAGUGGUUUCCUUUUUGACCUACUCUAUCUGGGCUAGUAGCUGUAAAAAUAAAACUGAGUGCAAUGAACUGCAUCCUUCUGUUUCUGUGGUGCAGAUUUUAGCUUUCAUCCUCAUCAGGAACAUUCCUGGAUAUAUCCGUUCUGUAUAUAGCUCAUUCUUUGCCUGGUUUGGUAAAAUAUCUUUGGAGUUAUUCAUCUGCCAAUACCACAUCUGGCUGGCAGCAGAUACAAAGGGAAUCUUGGUGCUCAUUCCUGGAUAUCCUAUGCUUAACAUCAUUGUCAGCACUUUUAUAUUUGUGUGUGUGGCACACGAAAUUUCUCAGAUCACCAAUGAUCUAGCACAGAUUGUCAUUCCUAAAGAUAAUGCAACUCUUUUGAAAAGGUUGCUGUGCAUAGCUGGAUUUUUUUCUGGACUCCUCUUCCUGUCAGCAGUUCAAGAUCAAUCAAGGCAUUAAUUUCAAGAGAUACUUUGAAACUUAUUUCAGGCUUAUUUUGUAUCUGCCUGAACAAAAAUAACCAACUGGAGGUACAACAAAACCACUUGUAUGUUGCUGAGCAGCACAAGAAGACAUUUAAAUGAAGUAUAUUGAACAUGUAUAUAGUGGAAAUGUACAUAUGUUAUGUGGAAAUCUCUUCAAGGAACCUGAGAAACAGGAAUGCACUGUACAGAAUUGCAUGUGAAAAUUUUUUUCUACUGGAUAUAUAUUUCUGUUUACGUAUCUAUUUUAACAUAACAUGAAGAAGUUAAAUAGGUGGCUUGGCAACAUCAAUUAGAGAUUGUUGAAUUAACUUUUCUUGAGACCACUAAAUGGUGGAUAUUUACUAAUGUACUACAGCUAAGACAUAAGAUGUGCUUUAAGUGUACUCAUUAGGAACUGUUUUGUUAACAGCAAAGUGGACUUGAUAUAUGACUUCCUAGUAAAUGACUGUUUUAUAGCUGAAUUUGGAAUAUGAAGUUACCUUCCUGGUCAUCCCAGGAACCAAGUGUUAACUCAUCAUUUAGGGAUGAAUAUUUUGGAUGUAGCAAGCAUGUACUAUAUGAAACCCUUUAUCCAAUCAACAAAAAAAAGCAGCAGCUUAAAGUGAUUCCACUUAGAAUUAUACCCAGAUUUGCAUCAAACAUCAUGUUUUUACUGAAGACAAUUUUCAGCAAAUAUUCUUUAGCUCUAGUAACUAGAUCAUUAAGAAUGCUUAAGUAAUUUUAUUUUUACUUUCUAAAAGUAUGUUUGUGUUUUCAUCAGUUAAAAAACUGAUUCCACAAUAUUAAUACAGUCCUAGUGAAAAACAGAUGAUGAGCAAGCUUCAGAUUCAGCCAGAUAUUAAACAUUCCCAUCCUUUUCUUAUCACAUCUAACCCAACCAUACCUACUACUAUAGGUUUUAUGAAGAAGGGGAAAUUAGAGGCACAGUAGUCUCAGAACCCCCACAUAGCAAAUAACUUGAAUAAAAUUUCACUUUGGAACUGGAACUGUAUUAGAUUCUGCAGUAAUGUUUUCAGUGAAAAAAUGAAGAACCAACCUGAUGAAUAGCAUGAAGAAGAGGGGUUGAGCGAGUGGUUGGUCUGGCUAGCAGCAUUGGGUACCUCUUUAAAUUAGGAGAGAGAGAAGACUGAGGGCCUCUUGGGGGCACUGGCUUUUCUAUCUAUAUUUAGCAGUCUCAUUCCUCCUUUGUGAUUCAAGGUCAGAAUCUAACGCUUCAUUUUAUUCUCUUUAUUAUGAAUCUCCUAAUAAAGUAAAACUGAAAGGAAUAGCACUUCAAAUUAGAAAUGGCAGAUCUAUGAAGUCCACCACUAAGAUCUCUACCACAGGCAAAACAGAAGAAGCUUCAGCAGAACACAGCUCCACAGUGCCCAGAUGGUACAUGCCCCCGAGCUCCUUGAAUUAGAAGUCAAAAGAUGAGAAUACACAGUGAAAGAAUGGAGGAAUAUUCUUCUGUACCAAGAUGAGAGAGCCAGGAAACCCCCUUCUAAAGUUAAAUUUAUUAGGAAGAUAAGUUACGUUUAAUAACUAUGAUACCUCUUGUAAUUAUCCAGUCAAAUCUAGCAAGAAAGGCAUUAUUUUUCUACCUGUGACAUCAGGCAUCAUUACUUCCUGUGAAAUCUGUUGUUGGCAGUAGUGAUUAUUGCAGCAAGAAAAUCUAUGCCAGAUGUCACUAUUCAAUAUACAAUGCACUACAAAGAAUUAGUACUUUUUCUAUACGUUGCAGAAAUUGGCAUUUCAUGUUUACCAAAAAACCCCAAAAAACAAACCCACCAUCAACUAUUAAUUUUAGUUACAGCUAUCACUGCUGGCCUUGAACACUUGCAGUGAUGCAAAUUUCCUGCCUUGCAAACUUAAUUUAUGCAGUAAAAUCAAGGCUGUGAAUUUAUAUGCCUGCACUUUUAAUCUGUUCCUGUAGUAGUACUGAAUUCUUUAAUACUGUGUCUAAAUACUGUGUCUUUAGCUAGAAAAUUAUGAAUCCAGUGUUUCAAUCUAUUUAUAGUAAUGGAUCAAGACAAUUAGAACACCUGCUUUAUUAGCUCAUGGGGAAAACAUUUAAAAUGAAUGCUGCUCUUCACAACAAAGACGGUCAAGAAGUGAGAUGACCCCUAAUCAUUAAUAGCACCACAACCGUUUGCCGUUUUGUAUAUUAGGCUUGGAAAUUUUCUUAAAUUUUCUAUUACAAUUACAGAUCAAAUUUUUUUUUUUACUUUCAGAUAAACAGUACUAUUCAACAAUCCGCAUAAAUGAAGCCUGCAGCUGGGAGGUCGCAGCAACUGUGGGUUCCCCCUCUACUUGGCAAUAAGGUACAAUAGGAUCUAAUACGUGAUCCACAAUUGUUCCUCCUGCCAUGCACAUGGCAUGGCAGGAGGCAUGAUGGUGUGGAUCAUUCAUUAGAUCCCAUCGUGCCAUUACCUGCAUGUGUAGAGGAGCCCCGUGUGCUACAGUCUGUACAUUCCAGUGAGGGCUGUAAAAGAUCCUAGGGUUUCCCUUCCCUACCUUCCAGGGUGUUGAAACACCAGCACCCAAACCUACAAAUAUGUACAUCCUUAGCUUUAUGUGUGUAUCAUCUGUGAAAUCAACUAAAUCCAUGUAUUUGCACGACCCUGGGUAUUUGUAAAACAUUCCUAUCCUUUCAUGUUGCCAUGUAGUAGACGACAAUCAAAAUAUGCUGUUUCUCAUUAGCCUUAAGAGUUCAUAUCCAAAGCUGUUUUGUCAACUCACGUUCUGGAUUUUUUUAGUAGAAUUUGAGGGAAAAUGUGAAUUUUUGUCUGGUUUUUGUUUUUUCCCCAGAUAUUAAUGGUUAAAAUAUUAUGAAUGUUUGUAAAUGUGGCACUUCUUGUAGAAGCCCUUUGUAUUGCACAGAGGAGACUUGUUUCAAUUUGGAAUUAAUUUGUUUCGAGUUCUUUGGCUUUGUUUACAAUUUUCUUCCAGAGUGACAAACACUGCUAACACACAAGAUGUUGAUUGUCACACUAGCUCCAGUUAUUUUAAAUUUGUGGCUCUGAAUAAACACUAUAGAUGCUUGGAAUCCAAAGGAACAAUGACUAUUGUAUAGUGGUUUUAAUGCAUGCACGGUUUUGUGCCUCAACUUCAAGAUGUCCUAUUAAGCUUAAAAUGCCAAAUAAAGAUACACAGAACACAAUACAAAGAAAGCAAAAAUAUGAGUUAAAAUGGAGUAUCAGUCAGAGAGACGGAAACUCCUUUGCUGUACAAACUGAUCCAAAUAACAACAGUGAGAGUUCCAAAAGUUUGAAUCUCAAUCAGAUUUGAAAAAGGAUUAGAGACUGUUAUGGAAGUUCAUACCAUUCAUGUAAAUAUUUUAUAAAAUAAAUACCUGAAAUAAAUUAGAAUGAUCUGUUUGUAAAACACACUCUUACAAUGACCAUAUAUAAAAGCAUUUUGUUUUAUAGAUUAAAACUUUUUAACACCACGAUAAUGUAUCAGGUGUGUGUUUGACAUGUGUUGUAAGUGACUUGAGUUAGUCCUUGUUUUAACAUGUUCUUGGAUUUUUUUUAAUUAAGAUUUAAAAAAGAAAACAGCACCCUGGAUAUGUAAAAUAAAGUCUCUGGCUUAAACUAUG